CCGGCCUAGUUUGCGGCUUCUACUGUCGUGUUUCGGAGGCGUCCGUACUUGGGAGGCUCGUGCCUGCUACCCGCGAAUGCGUCGCUCUGUGAUAAAGGCGCGUCGGUAGUGGCCGCGACCUCUGGGCUGGGAUGAUACGUGCUCCCGGGGGAGGCGGGGGAGCCGAGCCGGAGCCAUGGCCAGUACAGUGGUGGCAGUUGGACUGACCAUUGCUGCUGCAGGAUUUGCAGGCCGUUAUGUUUUGCAAGCCAUGAAGCAUAUGGAGCCUCAAGUAAAACAAGUUUUUCAAAGUCUGCCAAAAUCUGCCUUCAGUGGUGGUUAUUACAGAGGUGGGUUUGAACCCAAAAUGACAAAACGGGAAGCAGCAUUAAUACUAGGUGUAAGCCCUACUGCCAAUAAAGGAAAAAUAAGAGAUGCUCAUCGACGAAUUAUGCUCUUAAAUCACCCUGACAAAGGAGGAUCUCCUUAUAUAGCAGCCAAAAUCAAUGAAGCUAAAGAUUUACUAGAAGGUCAAGCUAAAAAAUGAAGUGAAUGUAUGAUGAAUUUUAAGUUCAUAUUAGUUUAUGUAUAUGAAUACCAACUUUUUAUAAUAAAAUACCUCAGAGCUAUAGUUUUUAAAAAUGAUUUAGCAUAAGCUAAAUCAAAGCCUUGGUAUAAUUUUCUCAUUUAAAUUUGAGGAUUUUAAAUCAGACUAUAGACAAGAAUAUUUGAUGAACAAAUGCACACCAUUUCAAUAGAAAUAUUCAUUACUCAUUUAGCAAGUAAGUUGGUAUACUCUUCAAGGCAAAGUGAAGUUGACAGUCCUUGCUUUCCAGUAGCCUCCAGUCUAAUGGGAUAAACUGGUAGUUAAACUAUGUAAUAAAUAUUAUGAUGGAAUUA